CUCUCCCCCGUCAGUCAACGGCAUAUAUUGAGACCGUGCUCGAACUACAAACAAUAUUUCGGCACAUCGACACAUCGACACAUCGUAAGUCGUGAGCUACCGCCAGACAGACCGGUGGCUACCGGCAACCACUCGCUCCCAUCCUCCCUUCAUCGUAACCACUACAUAAUCCGACCUGGCAUUUUCCAGCUUCAUAGAGAGCUUGCAGGGCUGUCUUGAACUUAGAACACAACCGCACACGACACCACAAGAGUAAGCCGCCAGGUUGCCUUCAAUCUUCAUCAUCUUCACCUCGCUGACUGGGAUCUUCAGUUCCGCCGUAACUACCAUGCAGGCCGAAUAUGUUCCCCCGCUACUCAGAAUCCCACAGGAGAUCCACAACGACAUAAUGGGCCACCUUCGCCAUGAUCGCAAAACACUGAAGCUCUGCAGCCAAGUCCACCGCGCAUGGCUCCCAGGUGCACGGAUGUACCUCUUCCAGACCAUCUGCAUCCGCUCGUCGCAGGACUGCCACGACUUUCAGAAACUGCUUGACGAGUCCUCGCUGCUCCCUGAAGUUGACUUAACAAACUUCGUCCGUCACAUAAUCUUCCAGGACCUGCCCUUCCGCAGCGUAGCAGUAAGCAGGUUGGCCAAGUCGUUCUGCAAACUGGCCAAAGUCGAGGUGGUGGAACUUCGCUACUGGCUUGAUGAAGAGCUGCCAGCGGGAUUGGUGCACGCAUUGUCCGACUCCUUUCCGUACGCUACCUCCCUGAUUUUGGAUGAGGUAAAGUUUCGUGACAUCAAACACUUGCUGUGGCUGCUCUGUGCCUUCCCUUGCCUUGCCAAUAUUCGCAUCAAAGACACGGUUAGAUCCCUGAUAGCAGCCAUACCGCCGAUGCAACCUCCCAGUGAGGUUCAUCAUGCGGACCUCUUCGGGGCACAGGCAAUCAGGAUCAUCAACGUAAGGUCACUUACCAUUGAAAACUCGCCACUUGCGGCUGCGGUAGCAUCAUGGGUCUCGGAAGAUCCCUUCAACUUGCAGCUGCAGUACCUCUCUUUGGCAUGGAACCGUGGUGCCCAGCAUUCCCAAGCACUGUCCAAACUGAUGCGGGCAGCCGGAAGGUCACUCGAACACCUCAAGAUCACAUUCGAUGGGAUCGAGCAGGAAAAUUUCAAAGAUGUUGUUCGCAGCUUCGACCAACUGCACCUGACCCAUCUCAGAUCUCUUCACUUCACCAACAUCUCCUUGACGUCCGGAAUGCCGAUAACUCAGCAUCGGUGGAUGAGCCGCCUCGUCGUCUGCGUUUGCCGAGAGUCAGAACACUUCCAGUGCAUCAAGAUCGACCUGCGACUCAAACUUCCAGAUUGUAGCGACUUUUUUGGAUACGAUUGGGAGCAGAUUAACCAGGACCUGGGGGAGCUGGCAAACAGGUUUCCUGGAUCGUAUGCGUGUGUGAACGUCAUCGUGCCCGACGGAGACGUGUUCGUAGAGUCUGAUGUCGCGCACAUCAGCAGAGUGAUAUCCACUAGACUUUACAAUCUGUCAGGCGCGGGGAUGCGUUUCCGAUAUGGACGGCACGCAGUGUCGAUGGAGACCGAAUUGCUGAUGAAAAAGAACUGAAGAUGUUACACGGGCAGGAAGAGCCAGCAUUGCACGCUUGAUGGGAUCAAAGAGAGGAUCUUGGGGUGGAGACUAGAGAACACGCAUGCGGUGGUCGGCCUAAGGAAAGUUGACCUAAGAUUUUAUUACAUACAUAAACAGAGAACACCGG